AUGGCCCAGUCCAAAUUUGCCUCUCUGCGCACCCGCCCCCUCGCUCAAAAUACCACUGCCAGCAUUGUGCUGCUGGGCACAGUCGGCAUCUAUGUCGCCAUCACCAAUCUGGGUGCUGGAGGUGGCAAGGCAAACUCGCUGAAGAUGAACUACAUUGUCUCCGCGCUCAACUACGGCAUCUUUGCUAUUGCGGGUUUCUUUUCCGGCUCCGUCAUCAACCGGUUUGGGCCGAAAUGGGCUCUUUUUCUGGGUUCUCUCGGCUAUCCCUGCUAUGUGACGGGGCUUCUUCUGUUCGACCGUUUCGACUUGUUGGUCUUCCCAAUCAUCGGCGGUGUUCUGAUUGGCUUCGGUGCUGCUCUCCUAUGGGCAGGCGUCAACUAUAUCGCCAUAGCCGCAAAAGGGCGAUUCUAUGCCAUGCAAACCGCCAUGACCUCGUUCGGGAACUUGAUUGCAUCGUUCCUCGUCCUUGGAAUCAACAUCAAUGAUGAAGCCAACGAUGGAGUUCCGCUCUCCGUUUACCUGAGCUUUAUUGGCAUCAUGUUGGUUUUGGGAUUCGCAAGUUUCAUCCUGGUCAAACCCAAGGACGUGCGUCGCAAAGACGGCACUGCGCUUGCUGUUUACAAGGAGGAAAGCAUAAUUACUGAGCUGAAGAAUGUCUGCCGGCUUGUCUUCGAUUGGAAAGCGAUGGCUCUCUGUCCAGCUCUGUUUGUUGCUGAAUAUCUACUGAUUCUGCAACCUGCAAUCAGCACUCUUUACUUUGAUCUUCGAACCCGAUCUUUGCUUGCUGUCAUUUCAGCUAUUGUUGCCCUCUUGAGUGCUCUUGGAAUGGGAGCUUUGCUUGAUUACAAGGGUCUCUCACGUCCGCUCCGUGCGAAAAUCGGCUUCGCUAUCGUUGCUUCACUCACGAUUUCCAUCUAUGCCGGAGAGGCCGGCUGGCUCUUUAGCGUAAUCCCGCCGAGUCAACCGGAAGAUAAUCCAGCGUACGAUUGGACAAGCUCGCACUUUCCUGGUUUCUUCAUCAUCUAUGAAUUCUUCCAGAUCUUGGGCUCCAUUGGUCCCGUCUACGUGGUGUGGACGUUGGCGUCAUUGACCAAUGAUCCCAAGAAGUCGGCGCAUUACGCUGGUCUGAUCAGAGCGGUCAUGGCAGCGGGAGUUUCGGUGGCCUUUGGCAUUGCAGCUGCUGGGGUUUCGGAAAGACACCAGUUUAUAGUGCAUAUGGUCCUGCAGUACUGUGCUCUGGUGCCGCAGGGCGUGGUUGCUCUGACGCAGGUCACCAUAACAAACUAUGGGCUGGAGGGGACGGUCAUUGUGCCGAGGGAGAUUGCUGCAGCGCUCGGCAAAGAGGAUGCUGAAUAUGUCGAUGUCGAUGAAGUCGAAGUCGAGGGAGGGAAGGAAGUGUAG